AUGGAGUUCUUAACCCAGCUGGCGUUUGAUAGUAACAGCAAUGCCGACUCACACUUACCACCUGGUUUCAGGUUUCAUCCAACUGAUGAAGAACUCAUCACUUGCUAUCUCCUUCGGAAAGUUCUUGAUGGAUCUUUCACUUGUCGUGCCAUUGCUGAAGUUGAUCUCAACAAGUCAGAACCAUGGGAGCUUCCCCAAAGGGCGAAAAUGGGGGAGAAAGAGUGGUACUUUUUCAGUCUUCGUGACCGGAAAUAUCCAACUGGGCUGAGGACGAACAGGGCGACGGAGGCCGGAUACUGGAAAGCCACCGGAAAAGAUAGAGAGAUUUACAGCUCAAAAACUUCAACUUUAGUUGGAAUGAAGAAGACGCUGGUGUUUUAUAGAGGUAGAGCUCCAAAAGGUGAAAAGAGCAACUGGGUGAUGCAUGAAUACCGUCUUGAAGGCAAAUUUGCUUACCAUUUUCUCUCCAAAACCUCCAAGGAUGAAUGGGUGAUUUCCAGAGUGUUUCAGAAGACUGGCGUUGUCGCCGGCGCCGGCGGCAAUGGUAGUUCAGUCUCCGGCGGUGGCAGUGGCGGAGGGAUGAAGGGUUUUAACGGCCGAAUGAACUCUUACCACCAAGAAGUGAACUCAUCAGGAUCGGUUUCCGUUUCCCUUCCGCCGUUACUCGACUCCUCACCGUACCCUUCCGCCGCAUCACCAUUCGCCGGCGACCAUGAUAGCUUCUCCUACGACAGCAACGCCGCCUCGAAAGAGCACGUGCCCUGUUUCUCCACUGCAUCAGCCUGCAGCAACUUUGAUAAUCGGUCUAUUUUCGAUUUUCCUCCGGCGCCGGCGGCCACCUUCAACCACCCAACCUCCAUGGAUUACCAGAAGAAUGUGGGUGUUUCAGCCUUUCCUAUCUUAAGAGCACCUCAGGAGAAUCUUCAGCUUCCAUUCUUUUACUCAUCUGUAGCGCCACCGCAGCCGCCGAUUCACAGCGACGGAGCGAUGUGCAGCUUUGGUAGUUCCUCCGGUGGAAACUGGUUGCCGGCGGUUACUUCGGCAACUGAGAAUCAGAAGCCGGGUCCCACUGAGCUGGACUGUAUCUGGAGCUUCUGA